UAGAAAGCUUUUGUUUCUACAUGUCGAAAUUCAUCUGUUAAAUUAUUGUAUUUUUAUUAUUUGCAUUCAUUGUUUUAAAUGCAUUACUUCGAAUGACGGAACGAAACUCGACAUAGAGAAACUGACAAAGCCUGCACAGAUACCGCAGUACUGUCAUGAGGUGUCCUAAGAUGUCAAUUGUUUGUCUGGAAAUCAAGCAGCACAGCAAACAAUCAAGUUCAUAAAAUGUCCACGGAUCAGAAAGACUGACAUACGGCAAUCUAAUUGUUGUUGAUUUGUUCCACAGUAAACCUGACACCAAGCAGUGGUGGAGUUGAUGGAGAAAACAUGCAUUUAAAUUAGUGUUGUAUCUCACUCGGUGACUGGUGUGUGUUUGAGACGAUGGGGGAGCGUAAGAGAAAGCAUGUGUGCGUCGUGUGUCACAAGGCCGUACACACGAAGCCUGCGUACGUGACUCACCUGCUGACUCACUCAGAGAUCCGGUGUUGUGGUUGUCAGGAGACGUUCGCGUCGCUGUCGUCCCUGCAGACUCACCUGCUGCGCCACACACGAGCCACGUGUCUCGUCUGUGAGCAGACGUUCCCGCUGCUGGGUGCGUUGAGGCAGCACAUGGUCUCCGCGCACGCCUCGUUCAUGUGUGGAGUCUGCCGCAUCAUCAUGCCGUCUGCCGCCGGUUUGGAGUCUCAUUUAAUGAGUCACGUGGACCAGCAGCAAACCGACAAGGAAGAAAGGUCCGUGUCCGAGUCUCCGAACGACUCGUGUGUCCCGAAUGACUCGUGUGUCCCGAACAACUUGCGUGUACCGAACUCUCCGUCCGAGGACAGUCUCGACGACGCUUCCAUCAACAACUUGGAGGUGAGUUUCGGAGUGACGUCCGUGCCAAUGUCAGCUUGUGGUUUACUAGCCAAGACUCUUCAGCCAGGAUCGACUACUGAUGCUCCUACUGCUUCUAGUUUGCAGCUGACGGCCGACUCUAAACACACUGGAGACUCGAGCGCAGGCAACUCGGAUGCAGAUUCAUUCAGCGCUGAUGAAGAUCACAUGGACACAAUCAACUCUGACGACAAAUUCGGAGAUGUUCAUACAAACACAAAGCCCGUCCGAGGGUUUGUUGGUUUGAUACGUGAAGUGAAACAGGAGCAGAACGAGUCAGCGACAGAUAACAAUGGCGGGUUUACAACAGGUGAUCUUCCCUUCAGUGAUGCGCGCGACGGGUCCCUGAAAGUGGAAGUGGAUCUGGAGCCAGUCGAAACGAGCGACAGGCUCAGCCCUGUCAUGUGUAAAAUCUGCAAGGAGGAAUUCUCGUCUCUGAGUGAGCUGAAGCGCCACGUGAAGUCCCAUGAAGCGGAGAAACUCUAUCGGUGUAAAAUAUGCGGGGCCAGGUUCCGGUUCUCAGUGGCACUCAGACGGCACGUGUCGACACACGUCGUGAAAAACACAGCUCCCACACUGAACGCCUUCCAGUGCCACCUGUGUUCGGCGGUGUUCGCCAACAUGCGCCUGCUGGACCAGCACAACCACGUUCACACGGGGAAGCGUCCAUUCAGGUGUAACCACUGCAGCCAGUCGUUCAUGAAAGCGCACUCGCUCAAGCUGCACGUCAAGGGUUACCGGCUGACCGCGCGGGCGGCCAUCUUGUCGUGUAACAAGUGCAGUAAGAACUUCAACACGCUGGCGCUGCUGGAGAAACACGUGGCCGGUCACCUCGGCGACGGAGCGUAUCAGUGCGCCGUGUGUCAGCAGCGCUUCAACCAGUCACGCACUCUCCACGUCCACGUCAACGCACUGCAUGCUAAAGGUUCUGUAGACUGUCCUGACCCGUACGUGUGUAACGAGUGUGGUGAGUCGUUCUCGUCCAUGAAGAGCCUCGAGGGUCACAUCCACAACCACCGCGCAGCGCGGCCGUUCCACUGCAACCUGUGUACGUCGGCAGGCUUCACCGACUUCGACAGCCUCAAGUCUCACGUGGAACUCCAUGACAAAUCAACGGCCCGGUCGGCCGAGACUGUCAAGUGCGGAAUCUGUCUGAAGGCAUUCUCGUCCACCUGCUACCUGAACUCGCACGUCAAGCGCCACCUGGCCCAGCGCGAGUUCAAGUGCCCACUGUGUAGCAAGCGCCUGGUUCACGCACGCUCCCUCAAGAUGCACAUGCAGUCGCACACGUUCCACGAGACUCACAGCUGCACGGUGUGUGUGGCCACGUUCAAGACGAAGACCGCGCUGUUCGUUCACUUCCGUGCCAAUCACAGCGAGCAGAUGCCGUAUAAGUGUGAUCAGUGUGGGCGUGGGUUCUUCAUCAAGGGCCGGCUGGAAAACCACCGGAUGUCCCACGCCGGUCGCUCCAAGGACUUCGCCUGCCAGGACUGCCAGCUCGGCUUCGAGACGGAGGGGGCCUACCAGAAACACAUGUGGAAGAAACACGGUCAGCGGCUCCGCUCGUUCGUCUGUGACGUCUGCCACCGCCAGCUCCGCACGGAACAUUCGCUGAAGGAGCACUACCGCACCCACACCGGGGAGAAACCCUACAUGUGUGACAUAUGUGGGAAGUGCUUCACACAGCAGCAGAUGCUGACUUCACACCGGAGACUUCACACAGGUGAGCGCCCAUACCAGUGUAAACUGUGCGCGGAGUCGUACGUGUCGAACUCAUACCUGUACCACCACGUCAAGCGGUCGCACCUCAACGAACGUCCCUUCGUCUGCGAGGUGUGCGGCAACAGCUAUCGCGCCGCCAACCAGCUCAAGGUUCACUUCCGCACCCACACCGGGGAGCGGCCGUACGUCUGCACCGAGUGUGGCAAGGCGUUCAACACAGGCUCCACACUGCACCGUCACAGCCUGGUGCACACCGGCGAGAAGGCUCACAAGUGUCAGUGGUGCGGGAAGAGUUUCGGCAAGCCCUACACGCUCAAGGUGCACACGCGGAUACACACCGGGGAGGCUCCCUUCAAGUGUAAUGUGUGUGACAAGGCCUUCCGACAGAAGUGCUCCCUACAGGACCACCAGAAGCACCACGCCAAGGAUGGGGUGGCCGCCUGUCGCGCUUCACCGAACAGCGCAGCUCAUGUCGGUCUGGACAAGGGAGUAGCGUCUGCGAGUUCUCGACCUCACAGGAAGGUCGCGGGAAUCGCGUCGUCCCUCUUCACAACCGAGCAGGAGGCCGGGCCGCGUCUGCUCCAAGGUCAAGGUCAAGGUUCUGGUGAUGUCAUCAGAAAGCAGGAGCUGGAUUCGUCUGUUCUGUUCUUUGACCAGACACAGCGGAGGCAGAACGUGGACUCUGGGGUUCACAACCUCUAUGAGCCCAGUGUUACAGGUCCCAGUGUUACCGGUCGCCAGGCGUUGCCGGGUGUGGGGUACGGUUACCAAGGACGACCAGACAGUGACGCUUUAAUUACCGGUCAGACUGAGUCGGCCUACUAUUGGGACGUUCCUCCUUACAAUAAGUAAUGAAUGAUUUAUAAUGAGUAUUGAAUUGUUUAUAAUAAGUAAUGAAUGGUUUAUAAUGAGUAUUGAAUUAUAGUAACUAAUUUAUUGUUGUUCAUAGAGGAGUAAUGUGUAAAGUGUAGGGUGUAUGCUAUAGUGCAGGAAAGGGACACAGCACAUUUUUGUUUAUUUAUUGUAGGACAACAAAUGUUAGUUGGGACCUCAAGUGGGGUCGGGGAUGGGUACAGUCGCCCCCCAUCCCCAGGUCUUAUACUGCCGGUGAGAUCGGGGAGGGUACAGUCAUCCCCCAUCCCCAGGUCUUAUACUGCCGGUGAGAUCGGGGAGGGGUACAGCCACCCCCCAUGCCCAGGUCUUAGAUUGCCGGUGAGAUCGGGGAGGGGUACAGCCACCCCCCACACCCAGGUCUUAGAUUGCCGGUGAGAUCGGGGAGGGGUACAGCCACCCCCCCCCCCCCCCCCACCUCCAGGUCUUAUACUGCCGGUGAGAUCGGGAAGGGGUACAGCCACCCCCCAUGCCCAGGUCUUAGAUUGCCGGUGAGAUCGGGGAGAGGUACAGCCACCCCCCACACCCAGGUCUUAUACUGCCGGUGAGAUCGGGGAGGAGUACAGCCACCCCCCAUGCCCAGGUCUUAGAUUGCCGGUGAGAUUGGGGAGUGGUACAGCCGAGUAUCAACCCGAGUAUGUUAAUCCGUAUUUGUCUAGGCUCUGCUGACACAAAUACCGAUUAACUAGACGAGGUUGAUAUUUUUCAUAUUAAAAAAACAUGAGUAGCGAAUUCUAUUUCUCCUAUAACACUUCUAAAAUAACAUUCUAAUUCAACUUUUUAGUACAUCACAGUACUAAAGUCACCACCAUUGGUAAUAUGAAGUCAUCAUGAUUAGCACAAAUAAGUUUGACUAAAUUUUUGAAAAUGUUACGCUCAGGUAUACAGGUCUUGUUGGCUUGUAAGCAAAUGACCCAUCCACAGCAACACAUUACCUAGAGACCUUGCAAAUUUGCAUACCAUUAUUAACCGGGUUAAUAAAGUAAAUAAUCACAUGGGUUUAUGACAUGGAUAUCAUGGGUAAGUUAUAGGAUAAAUAUCUGAUAUACAGGUAGACUAUAAGUGUGUGUGAUAUACAUAUGGUAUAGGAACUUAUUUCUUGCAUCAGCUCCGAGACUACAUGUAGCUCUGAAAGUCACCUCUAGCCCUCCGCUACAACAUAUCAGUAAUGGGACGGCUACAGUUGACUCGAGCUACUUUAAGACUACAGUAGGGCCGUAUGUGGACUGAAAUAAUGGAGGGGGGGGG